AUGGCUUCCGACAAGCUCAAUGACACCAAUCUGGAGGAUGGACUGCUGACUGUCGCUUCUGAUGAGAAGAGGACCCUCAUGACGAACACACCCACGUCGCCCUCGACACAAACCCCCAGGCCCAACAGGAUGGCACGAGCCUGCCGCCUCACGGCUACCUUUGCCGUGUGCCUCUUCAUCGGCUAUGGAUUGACUUCUGCUGUCGUUCCAUCGAUGAGGUGUACAGGACACCAUGCCCACGGCGCUGCCGCUGGUCAGCCUUUGAUGUCCGAGUCGCGGAUGGAGCUGUCUCAACAGGUCGCCAAGGCCGUAAAGGCUGCAGAGCCCGAGUCUCUUCACCGCUUGGUGGAGGCGUACAUCCACGAAGAGGCCAAGGAGGGUGAGUCUGUUCAGGAAGACCUCUCGACGGCUGGGGCUCGCCUUGCCCGGCGUCAAGACAACCUGACGUCGGAUAUCCCUGCGAACCCUUCGGCGUCGGCUGGCUCUCCUUCAGCAGCACCUUCCGGUCCUGCCUCCCAGCCCACAACAUCAGCUCGCCAACUCCCUCUGCCCAGCCCUCGUCUCCUACCAGGAUCCUUGAUGAUGUUUCGGACGGGCGCGCUUCCAUACUUUGAUCUGAGCAAUACGCUGACAUGUGUCACAGAAACCACGACUCGUGGUGAGACGACCACCAGCACCACUCGUCGCCCCACAUCAUCGAGCGCAGUGGUGACGACCCGCACCUCGACCGAGGCCGAUGGCGAUAUCACUCUCGUCACUGAAACCUCGUACGUUGGUGUUGAUCCGACGCCGCAGGCCACCUCGGACUCCAACUCGGAUGACGCCGAUCUGCAGAACGCGGCACCUCGCAUGAGCAGCAGCGCCCUCGCUCUUUUCGCCGCCUUGGCUGCCGGCAUGAUGCUUCUGUAAAUUCGGAGAGGAAGCGCAGCUCGUCGAGCUUUUUGAUUUACCGCGAUCCCUCACUCGUGUGGCUAGGACAUUCAUUGUUCCGAAGGGCCCGCUGUGGAAGGGCCUCCAAAACCAACAAUCGAUGUAUCAGCAUGCAUAAUCGUCACGACUAUCACGGCAGUUCACUCCUUUUGCAUACAUCAACCGGCGUAAUCAACAUAGUACAGAUCGUUUUACAUAGAACUGGCGCGAGGAGAGUAAUCUCGUGUCUCGGGGCCGAACGGUAUUUGAAUUCGGAAGGGCUGGUAUACGGGUUGCCCUGGGAGAUAGAAGGUCACGGGAGAGAAGAGGCUUCAAAUGAACA